ACUUCCAGUGUUAAAACAUUAAAAGCUGCGCUUGGAAGCGGGACAACAGUGUGCCGUAGAAGAUACCAACACUAACUAUUGGUAUCCGACAGAACGGCAGAACUCACGCGCUACGCCGACAGUACGAACUCCUUUUUGGCACAGUUCGCCCCCGCGGACUCCAUUUGCACAUACCCCACAGCAGACACUAUCGCACGUAUAUAUAUGGCUGCAGAAAGUCGAUUUUUCGCUAACAAAAAGUGCUGUAUGUGGGCAAAACUUUGAAUGGCCCGGGUCAUAAAAUGAGAUUGCAAUAGUUGCAAUUGGCAGCGAGAGAUGUCCUGCAAUUUUGCCGCGGAGAUGCUGCGGCCCAGGUGCUGAGCUCAUCGAGGCGAGAAAAGUUUGUACCAUUCAGUGCCCGUAUCCCCAGGAGAAAAAACCAUCCCCCUGCUGCUGCUGCUGUGAUGAGUUUGGUGAUAAUGAGUGCGACCAAAGACCCCCAUGUCUCCAUUUAAACCCGUAAAACCAAGAUAAGCAUAAACAUCCGACCAACCAGAUAGGUAAUAAGAGCCACGCACAACGGAGACGGUUGAAUUGGCCUUAGCGAACCGGCGGAGCAGGACCCGCAGUUUCCGGCAGAGACGGACGUGGACCAGGUCGCCAAGUAGACAGCCCUCAUGGCGGGCUGGCGAGGGCGAGGACGAGGGCGCGGGCUGUGUGCGACACUGUUGGCGGUGCUGACCCUACUCUCGGUCACCCACUCCGUGCGGAUCACCAAGCUCCGGGUGCCGCGCACCUACACGCUGUUGCGUGACCACGAACCCGAUCCUCUGGUCCUCGACUGCGAGGUGGAGAUCGGGCCGCGGGAGCAGGGAUUCGUCCUCAAAUGGCUGUUCAACAACCACUCCAUCUACCAAUGGAUACCCUCGGUCAAAGGGUUCGCCAUGGGCUUCAUGAAGUCGAAGAUAGACACCAAAAUAUUUACUAUGGAAAGCAGUCCCGGUGUUAUAUCGAUAAAGAAUCCCAACUGGAACAUGACGGGGGAGUAUACGUGUGCGGUGCAGACCUUCGAGUCUACGGAUAAGCGGAGUGCCCGCUUGCAAAUAAUCGUUCCUGAGUCGGAUUUCAUGCUGGAAGCGCGGAUGAGCGGCUCGCGUCUGGAUGUGGACGUAAUGUGUGCAGUCCAGCACGUCUUCCCGCAACCCAUGCUGUCGGUCAUGUUUGACACCCACAUACUGGACUCGGUGCUGACGCAGUUGGACCAAGACCCCAGUGGCCUCUACAGCAUGACCGUACGCACCCGCAUUCCUAGAGAUCAACUCGAGUCCCCCACCCCGAUCACCUGUGCAUUCAUUUUAAUUGGCACCAACUAUACCAAACGCCGGGAGACUAUUUUCUAUGAUAAGGCCUCAACUAUACAACGCAAAUGGACAACGGUCGCCGUAGUAAUGUCCAUAGCAUCCUUAGCUCUAAGCAGUUAGUUCUGUAGUGUCCUUCGAUGUAGGCCAUACUUGUUCUUAAGUUUGAUCUAGAAAUUUUGAUAAUCUCUAAUUUUUAAUAGACUUUUAACGGAUAAACGUAAUUUUUUGCGAUAUUUUUAAAAAAGCGCUUAUAUUGUACAUGCAUGUAAUUGUAAGAAAAACGAAACACAAAACAAACACCACAAUGCGAAAACAAACGAACCCAUAAAAACAAGAACGAUAAGACAACAGUAACUCAUAUAACAAGAAAUUCUUGUAUUCAUAUAUUUACCACAUAAAUAAAAUAUAUAUUAUAUAGUUAUCUAUGAUGUAUAGGUCUAAUUGAGUACUGAAACGCUAAUAAAACAAAAAUGAAACAGUAAAAGUGCAUUAAACCAACCGCCUUCGUCGUUUUUUUCUUUGCAAAUAAAUUAAAGUUUUAAAAUUGUAUUUUAAGUGUAAAAUUAGGAAUUCAAGUCUAAACUAAAAUAACUUAAUAAA